GGGCGUGCCUUUUCAGUACCUAGCCGCGCAUUGUCACUUAUAGAUGUAAAUAAUCGAGUGUAUAAAAACACAUUCGGUCAAAACAAAAUCCUACAAUUAUGUGGGGUUUCGUACGAAUAGUUUUAAACUGUGACCGUUCAAAAACCUAACCAAUAUCGAUGGCAAAAUACGUUUAAGAAUUAAUAAUGGAAAUAUCCGUGAUCCAAGCACGAACCUAUUCAACAGAAAACGUAGUGCCGAUUCGACUGAAUACGACAAGAAUAAAGUUUGAUCUAAAAUCGAAGGAAGAAAACAUGAGUCUAAUAUUUAACAGUAGCAGAUCAAUAACCCCACGAACGAUACCCAAAUCAAAUGUUUCUUUUUUAGGUGAUAAUAUAACGUCUUGGAAUAGUAGCGAUUUUUUCACAAAUAUUGGCAACAGCACAGAAUCCGACUAUGACUAUCAAAUGUACAAUGGCACAUCUGUCGAGACCAGCACGUGGGCACAAUGCAAAGAAUGGACACCCGCUCAGCAUACGCUUUUUCAGACGGCGCAUUUCUUUUUCGCUGCAGCUUUCUUGAUUCCAGGCAGUUUUAAACAAUCCAUCCUUAUUGUCAGGGCUCUCCUAACUAUUGGUAGUUUUUUUCUUACCAUUUGGGGAGGAGUGGAAGUAUGUGCUUUGGAUAUUUUAUUGUGGAAUGGUUUAAAUUUUCUACUAAAUUGCAUAUAUUCUGGUUUACUCACUUGGAAAUUUCUUCCGCCUACACUCACCUUGGAACUUCUUGAACUUUACAUGAAAGUAUUUAAUCCUCUACGUGUUAGUAAAAAGCACUUUAAGGAAUUGGUUAAAGAAGCCAAAGUCUUAAGUUUAGAAAAAGGUGAUAUUUAUGCUGUGGAAGAUGUUAGUCCAGCAGACGAAAGACUAUCUAUAUUGCUCAAAGGAAGAUUGCGUGUUACUUGCGACGACACUCAUCUUCACUUUAUCAGCGUUCAUCACUUCGUUGAUUCUCCAGAAUGGGAAGCGAAUCAUGAACAGUCAGACGAUGUUUUCCAGGUGACUAUUACCGCGGAGGAAAACAGUGUCUAUUUAUGCUGGCCAAGGAUGAAACUCGAGAGAGUUCUUAGGCACAGGCCGAUGCUCAAAACUGUACUUGAUGCCUUAAUAGGAAAAGAUAUUACCCAAAAACUGUACGCAUUAAAUGAACACUUGUCAGGCCUAACUGAUGAAAGGCAAAGGGGAAAAAGAAACGAACUUUGGGCGAAAUGUCACAACAGGAGCAUGUCCAUGGACGCUGUGAAUACAGGAACUACUGGUCUAGUACGAUCCCAUGGUUACAAAUCAAGGAAUAACUCAAUGAGUAAUGGUGAACUGGGUUCCUUAGGAAAACUGCAACCUCAAUGUUGGGUUCCUUUAGUGGCCAAACAGUUUCCAGUUCAUUCUCCAUUCAUGAAAAGAAAUUCUUCCACAAGUUUAAAGAUGCCAGAACCUUCGUAUACUCCAACCAGAACCAGGUCGAUACGAAGAGAAGUCAAAUUUAACGAUUUGGCAGAUAAAUAAUACUGCAAAAUAACUGUAAAUAACUAAAGAUUUGGUUAAAGUUAUUGCCAAUAUUAUUGCUUUAUAAAUGUUUAUAAGAUAAACCUACAAGCGUUUAAGAAAACUUUUAUAGAUAUGCUUUAUUUGUUAAAUUUUUGAAAAUGUAUAUUGUUUUUAUAUGAAAAUUUAUAAUUUUUCAAAAUAAUGCUCACAUAAUCAGAAUAAUAUACAACCAAAAUUAUAUCAUAU